AUGUUUCUCGCAUGGUGCAAGGAGAACGAUGCAGAGAAGCUUGGUUCCAGCCUCGAUAACCGAUCUGCAACUGCAGCUGAGAUGGGACGUAUUCAACGCACCAGAGUCUUCAUUUACGACAACAUUCACGUUACUAGCCAUCCUCCACAAGGUCACUCUUUCGCACCAUUCUUUUCCAAAUGUUCCCCUUGGGAAAAUGCCCAGUUAGGCUCCAUCGUUCACUUCCUUGGCGCCCGUAUUGCAACUGAGCGAGCAGAGAUCAUCAAUGAGGUACUGCAGCUACGCGACGGAGUACGGGACAUUAAUAUUCUCAAUUAUCUACCGUCGGAACUGGAUCAUGUGAUGUCUUGGAUAAGGGUCCAUGGUACGCCGGUCGAUGUACUUCCUUACAGUGAGAAGCCAUACUACGACGAAAAUGAUACAGGCCCUGAGGAUAUAUACCGGUGGUCGAACGGUUUGGAAAGUGCUACAGGGGGCGGAGACUACUGCCUAGCGGACACACUGUUAUAUUCUCAAGAUCGUGGCUUGCACUCGUUCAUGAAUUUUGACGACUGGCCUUUAAGGCGCACAGGUUAUGCCAUGUGGGACAGAUCUCGCCUGGAUUCCAUAGGCAUCUUCAAUGAGCCUUGGCUAGGAGAGGAGCAAGAGGUCCCGCCGGAGGUCAUUGAUUACGACCACAAAUCCUUCGAUGCCUCCUGCGCUGAACGAAAACGACUGUGGUUGGCUGGAGCAAGCGGUUGGUGGGCUGCUGGGAAUACAAGUUAG